GUUAGGACUUUCUCACAUCCUCCCUUCUAGCAGGCGGUGGGCUUUCAGUCAGGGGGGGACACCGGCUGAUGGACUGACCGACUGCCUUGUCUAUUCUGGUAAAAAGGAGAUUUUUUAGUAUCUUCCUGGCUCUUCGGGAAGACCAUGGCACUCUUUAGGAUCCAUCAGGUGGUGGUUUUACUGCAGAUUGUGCUGAUUUGCUCAGCUCAGAGGGGUCCGGUUGGUCCGAGAGGCCCCCCUGGACCGCCUGGCAUCCCUGGAGUACCUGGAGUGGAUGGAAUCGACGGUGAAAGAGGAGAGGAUUCCACUAUAGAUGGAGCAGUUGGUCCUGCCGGAGAUAAUGGCAAAGAUGGGUCUGCUGGGGUACCAGGCCUUCCAGGAGCAGAUGGGCCUGUGGGACCCCCAGGGGAUCCGGGCCCUGUGGGCCUAAAAGGCUCAAAGGGCGAACCUGGAGCUCGGGGACCUGCUGGAGAACCUGGUGUAGGACCUGAUGGAUCUGACGGUAUUCCUGGUACAGAUGGGCUACCAGGUGAACUGGGGAAAGUCGGACCUCCUGGAGCGAGAGGGAGGAGAGGUCCAGUUGGUCUACCUGGUUCUGCUGGUCCGCGGGGACCUCCAGCUGUUUACGAGGGUGAGGAUCUGUGUCCGAAUGCCUGCCCUGCAGGUCUGACAGGAUAUUCUGGACUCCCUGGAAUGAAAGGCCACAAAGGGGCUAAGGGCGAAUCAGGUGAGCCCGGAAGACAAGGACACAAGGGAGAAGAGGGGGAUCAGGGACCUCCUGGUGACGUUGGAGCUCAAGGACUGCCAGGCCCAGGUGGAGCGAGAGGCCUUCCAGGAAUAAUGGGCUCCAAAGGAGACAGGGGACCUCGUGGAAAGUCUGGUGAUGUAGGCCCUCGUGGAAUUCAGGGAGCACCAGGGGACCCAGGUCAACGAGGUGGGACGGGAGAGAGCGGACAAAUAGGAACACAGGGGGACCGGGGCCCACCAGGAAUCAGGGGUGUGCCAGGGCCAAAAGGAGAACCAGGCCUUCCUGGUCCAGAUGGUCGUGAAGGAAUACCUGGGCUGCCUGGUUCAAAGGGUCUACCAGGGAAAAGUGGGGCUCCAGGAGACGCAGGCACACAGGGACUUCCUGGUUUACCAGGUACAUAUGGCAUGAAAGGCCACAGCGGUGUAAAGGGCAAAAUAGGGGAUCCAGGAGUUGUGGGACUGAUGGGGUCUCCAGGGAAACAAGGGGAGCGAGGAGACCAAGGGGAGGUGGGACCUGCCGGACCCAGAGGAGGACCAGGUGAACGUGGGGAGAGAGGACCAGUUGGCCCUCCAGGAUUACCAGGAGCCAGAGGAAGCAAAGGGGACCCAGGCUUUCCAGGACUUCCCGGUCCCGCUGGUUAUCGAGGUCAAAAGGGGGACAGGGGUUCUGUUGGCCUCACUGGCCCUAAAGGAGACCAGGGACCCUCAGGUGCUGAAGGAAUACCAGGAGAUAAAGGCGAAGUGGGUGAUCAAGGAGAACCAGGAGAGAAAGGAUCGCAAGGUCCACCAGGAGAGACAGGAAGCAAAGGACCUGAAGGAGGCCGUGGGCUGCCAGGCAAAGAGGGCAAGCCUGGUCAGCCGGGGCCACGGGGCAUGCAGGGAGACACCGGCGUACCAGGACUACCUGGACAUCAGGGACCAGCGGGCAAACCGCCAACAGACAGACACAUCAAGCAGGUCUGCAUGAGAGUAAUGCAAGAGCAGCUGGCCCAGUUAGCAGCCAGCCUGAGCAGGCCUGAAUCAGGCGUCUCCGGGCUUCCCGGCCCCCCCGGCCCACCUGGACCACCAGGUGCUCCCGGAGAGAACGGCUUUCCGGGCCACAGUGGGUCACGAGGUCUCCCUGGUUUGAAGGGUCCACCCGGGUUAAUCGGAAGCAAAGGACCGAAAGGUGACCAGGGGGACAGAGGGGACAGAGGCCCCACACUGAGAGGGCCCAAAGGAGAACCAGGGGUCCCUGGUCUACCAGGUGAACCCGGUCGACCUGCUUACGGCACGAACGGCCGUGAUGGAGAGCGCGGACCGCGCGGUGUUCCUGGAAUCAACGGCGUUCCAGGGCCUCCGGGGCCCGCCGGCAGGAACGGCUACUGUGAGCCGUCGCAAUGCGUCCCUACCAUGGUGGUGUCGAACGGCCAGGGGAAGAACUCUGAGACCAAGGGCCCCAGCGACAUGUGAGAGGGGACACAAGCUGAACUCCAAACGUCAGCAGAACUAAAGUACUUUUUAAAGCCACCGUGGAGGUCACACUGACAUUAAUGUGGACUCUAAAUAGCAUCCAACCAGCUUUUGCAAUUUCUUAUUUUUACCUCAGUUUUUCCAUCUGUACUGUAAAAUAUGAGGAACCAUAAUGAAAUACCUGUAGACAAAUGUGCAGAGCAACCUGUCCCGUUUCUAACCAAACACUAAGGCCUUCUGUUUCUCUGUAUGUGUAUGUAAAUGUGUCGGUAGUUUGAUAGUAUUUAAGCUGGUGUAAGAGCCCUCAUAGAUGUUGGCAACAUUUGAUCAUUUCCAGACAGUUUGUGUGAUUUUUUUUUUUAUUUAUUACAUCAAGGUUCAAUGUCGCAUCUACAAGUUGUACAAAGGAAGAAAUAUACACAUUUUGGUAACCCUUUUUGUAUUUUCAUGAAAAUAUUUCUCCACAAACUGAUCAAACCCACCAGAAUACAACUGAAGGUAAUGUAAGAGCCAACAGCUACGAGGGAGUUAGUCUAAAGCAGGCCUGACCGUCCAAGAGCCAGGACUGAAAGGAGUCAUCGGGCCGCGCCGUUGGCUUCAUGACUUACAGAGAAACUUUGACCUGUCAUCAUAUCUGAAUGUGCGUACUGUUUGUUUACUGUAAAUAACUAUAUUGCACCGUGCUCGUUUUUUCUGUUUCACAGCAUCCCCGUUUAUAGUUCGGUUAAAAGACUGAGAGCUGACCCUUAAACUAACAGGUGGGCAAACUGUGUGCAACUGGAGCUCAUGCAACCCACAAUCAUUUAGCUGAGAUUGGAUUAUUCUGGUGGCAUCAAUGUGUUCAUUCCUCAUUUAAAAAUACCCGCGUUUCCUGACUGAAACAUGGUCCGUCACCGUAACACAAUGUUACGCAAUUCCGUUCUACACAGGUAGGCGAGAUCCAAGGUUAAUAAAGGUUUGCCCACAUCGUG